CGAUAACAAGCAAAAACAAUCUUCAAAGCAAAUCAGCGCAAACUUAUAUAUACAUUUGUUCUUUCUAAGCUUCAGCUACAAUCGUAUUCCACUGCAUUUUAAAAGGUGAAAACUCGGUGCUAUCAUCUAUGCAAUGCUUCCUUCAAUGAGGGGGCUUUCUUCAUUUUGGUGGAAAUAAAACAAAUCAAAAAGACAAGGGAGUUGCGAAUCAGUCCCAUGGAUGCCAACAUGGAAAAGGCCCUCUAUUUCGUCCAUAAAAGGAAAGGAAAUUUCAAAGAAUGUUCCAGGUAAUUUGUGGGGCGGAGCUUGCUGUGCUGUUCUCGGAGACUCUAGUCAAAAUUUGAUUCGAUACGAAGUUUCUUGGAAAAGAGUUGGGAAGAUAGCCUGCACCCACGUCAAAUAUUAAUCCAGUUAUAUAUUGACUUGACAUAGACUUGAGUUUGAGGACUGUCGAGGGCGUCUAUAAAAUAAUAGGCAGGUAAUCUGAGUGAUGAUCGUGCAGAUAAAUAAUAUCCAGUUGUUUCAGAUCUAAAUCUUGGAAGUGUGGAAAUAAUGGAGGAGCUUCAAUGGGUAUCUUUAGAUCACUUCCACCCUCACGAUCUCAUCUUCUGUGAAGAGGAAGCCAUGCACCUAAACGGAUGUGAAGAAAUUUUUUGCUGUGCAUGCUUGAAAUCGCUACUGGAUACUAGCUUUUACUAUUGCGGUGAGUGUUAUUUCUUUCUUCAUAAGAGAUGUUCAGAGUUGCCCCGUGUAAUUAAGCACCACUCGCACCAUAAACACCCUCUGAUUCUUCACCCAAAUUCACCAUACUAUCCUAAUUCGUCUGUCUGUGAUAUGUGUGGGCUUGAAAUUGUGAACUUUCUUUACAAUUGCUCUGAUUGCAAAUUUGACCUCGAUAUCGAUUGCGCUCUGCUUGCACUGUGGUUCACUCAACCUGAAAGUCACAAGCAUCAUUUCACUAAGUGGGGUAGGUCAGAUCCAUUUACAUGUGAUUUCUGCGGUGCAUAUAGUGAUCGGUAUCGGUUUGGAUCUUCGUCAAAAAAUUUGCUUCCUUGGAUCUGCACUAAUUGUCAUGUUGUAGUUCACAAUGAAUGUAUGUCAUUGCCAUUCACAGUCCAUUUACCACAACAUGAUCACCCCUUCAUCCACACUCAUUUCAUUCCUGAAAGUCAAUCUAUUGCUUUAAUUUGUGGAAUUUGUUGUCAAGAAGUAAACAGGGAAUUUGGUUGUUAUUCUUGUCAAAAUUGUCCCUCUGUUGUCCAUGUCAAUUGCGCACUGGACUUCAAAGUACAAAAAGUGGGACAAAAGUUCUGGACAGAAGGAAUUGAGGCAAUAGAGGACCAAUUACUUGAACAAGAGAUUAAACAUUUCAUUCAUCCUCAUCAUAAAUUACUUCUGGUGCAGCAUGAUGAUUGUGAGAUUGAAACAAAAUGUGAGGGAUGCAUGAGUCUCAUCUCCUGUCCUUUUUACAAGUGUCUGGAAUGUGAUUUUUCUCUCCAUGUCAGCUGUUCCAAAUUACCAAAACAAAUCAAUCACCCACUUCACGAAGAACACCCCCUAACCCUUGUUCCAAACAAUGACAACGUCGUCUUCUAUUGUGGCGCUUGCUCAAAUCCGUAUCACGGCUUCACCUAUCAUUGUCUAACUUGUAUAUAUUUCAGAAUUGAUGUCCGAUGUGCUUUAGUCAAUCCUUUUGAAUUCUACCAUGAUAGUCAUAAGCAUCCCCUUAGUGUGUUUACCCAAAACAAUAACUGUUUAGAAUGUACUUCUUGCGGCAAGGCUCCCCCCAAGUACGUGCUCCGAUGCAAAGAACGAUGCCCCUUCGCAUUGGACUACGGAUGCGCCACACUACCACGUAGAGUCAAGUAUGAGUACGAUGAAAAUGCUCUUGUCCUCUCAUACCAUGGAGAUGAUGAUUCUGAUGGAUAUCCUUAUUGUGAUAUUUGUGAUCAAUAUAGAGAUCCUAAUCAUUGGUUUUACGGUUGUCCUAAUUAUUUGGAGUGUCCGAUUUAUCUUCAUCCCAAUUGUGCUCAGUCACUACCCCUUCGUCAAGCUAGGAAGCAGUAUCAACGCUCCCGAUUUGCACGAACAUGAGCUCUUUUUCAUCCAAAGGAACCAAGACUUCCUUCCAUGCGACUUGUGCAGCAAGAUUGACCAAAAACUGUCUGUUGAAUGUUACAAGGAAGACUGCAAUUUUAGCGUUCAUUGUGAAUGUACCCAUUGAGAUUGCGACUUUGAUGAUGAUGACGACGAAGACAACAACAGUGACAAAGAUGAUGACGAUUGUGACUUCUUGUAAAAUGGUUAUUCUUACGAUUAGUCGGGAGUCCACACAAUACUCCGAUGGCCUUGUAAGGAUCAUCCCAUGUACUGAGGAACGGGGGUAGGUCGUCUUCAAAGAUCGACUCAGAAGCAUAGUGGUCCUUUCGUGGUCCAUUGUGCAAAUUCAGGGGCUAAGAUAUUUAUAAAUUCAAGAUCAUUUCUAUUGCAAUACUUUUGUACCAAACAUAACUUAAUGCUCGGACUAGAUGAGGUAACUCAAGUCCUCUGUCUCUCUUUUUUUUUUUUUCUUUUCUUCUGUUUUCUUCACCAACUUGUACGAUACUUCCUAAUCCUUGUUAUUCUGUCUACCCAUUUCUUUUUAUCAUCUUGUUCAGCUACAUGAACAAAAAUCCCUACCAGCUGAUAAUUUUUCAUAUUCAUUUGCUGAUGAAAUCAUGCAUUGCUCAAUUUCUUGAGUUUCUGGGCUUAUGGAGAUGUUUUUCCAUGGAUCCCAACUCUAAAGUUAUGGCCUACAUGCUGAAAUGAGAUCGCGGAGAAGUUCUAUGGAGUCCAGCAUGGGAACCCCCUGCAAGGGAGACAUCUUCUAGGUGAGAAUUUGAAUGAUUUGGUUUUUCACCGAAUGUCAUAUGCCGCUCAAGCUAUGCAACAAUAUUUAACAGUCUUCACAGAUAUUGUCACCGACUUCGACAGUUGAUGUUUUCUGGUGUCUGUUGUGCCAUUGAAAUGGAGUAUUGAGUCUUGUCUGAUGGAGGUCUUUAUCAAUUCCUCAACCCCUACGAAUACCUGUGUGCCAUGCUGAAUGCUUUGAUUGCAUGUCAGCUUGUGUCAUUUAGUCUUUUAGAGUGUGUUUGGAUUGAUGGAUUUGGAAGGAAGGGAAAUAGAGUUUCCUUCCAAUUCCCUUGUUUGGAUAGUUUAUUAAAAAUUAAGGGAAGGGAUUUGA